AUGGAGAUGGAGCGCAUGAGAGCCUUGUUCUCGGUGGAAGAGGAGCUGGAUCAUGGCGGCCAAGCAAUCGUCUACAAAGUAGUGCGCAAGCGUGACGGUCAGCCUUUUGCUUGCAAAUCGAUCAGGGUCACAGAGUAUAAAGAGGACGAGCUUGAAGAUCUCGACCCUGAUGACAUCCCGAAUGGAGGCCUGCAAGAGGAAGCCGAAAUGGAGAUCCGGGCGCUCUCCAAAGGCAAGGGCGAGAGUGGUGUGGUUCAACUGGUGGACGUUUUCAGGGACGACGAUUACUACCACAUCAUCAUGGAAUUGUGCGAGUGCUCGUUGAAAGACAUGCUGCAGGACAGGGCGAGGUUGAGCGAGCACGAAGCAGCGAUGGUGAUCAAGAGCGUGGCCAGGACCGUGAGUAGGAUGCACGACUUGGGCGUGGUUCACAGGGACAUCAAGGUGGGGAACAUCCUCUUGGGUUUUGGGGAGAUCUUGUUUGACAACAUAAAGCUGGCGGACUUUGGAACCUCUUGGGUGAGCAAGGGGACGGACAUGAGAAUGAGAGGCCAGGUCGGGACGGACAGAUAUGUUGCUCCUGAAGUGGUAGCUUCCAUUCAUGAGUACGACGAGAGGGUGGACGUGUGGGGCGUGGGCAUUGUUUUGUAUGAGAUCUUGUCCGGGAAGCUUGCGUUCGAAGGAUUGAGAUCGAGGGAUGUUCCAAGGAGGUUGAGUCAUUGGGAGGAUUUGCCCGUGAGCUCUAUGGACUGGACAGACGUGAGUGAUGGAGCCAGGGAUCUCAUUCUCCAGUUGCUCCACUUGGACGCGAGAAGGAGGCUGCCUAUCCAUGAAGUUGAGAACCAUCCAUGGGUCGUCAAGCAUUCCGGGUCACAAGUUCCAGAUAAUCGCAGUCUGGAGGAAGAACAGCACUCGAAGAGAAUGGUUUUCGAGCAGCCACACCAUGGCUUGAAGAGAAGGCGAGGCGGGGAGGAGGAAGAAGAGGAGGAUUUUAUUGCAAAGAAGUUACAGCACCUAGGCGUGAAUCGCGCAGGGCAGGCUGUUCAUUGA